AUGUCUGAACGAAUCGUCCCCAACGGCACCUCAGACGCCCAUCCCAUCUCUGGCAUCGAUGAGUUCCAUGCUCACCUACGAGAUCUCGAGAAUGAUCCUUCCGUACCCUUCAACCUCAAGCUCCUUGAUGAUAUCGAGCUUCAGCUGACAGAAUCCAACAUCCCUCCUCUCCUCCCAACCGUUCUCCCCCCUCUAACCCAAAUCCUCAAAUCAACCACCCAAGACCCCUCUCCUCUCCUCUCUCUCACCAUCAAGCUUCUCUCUCCCUUGACUUUCACCCGCACCCUCACUAUCGCCGAUCCUCCCUCCAUCCUCGCAGCUUUGGAAUCUCCUUUACCCGGCGCCAACCUCCUCGCCCUCGCCAUCAUCCACAAGGCCGCCAAAACCCCAACCGAAGCUGCUCUUCUCAGUACUCUUACUGAUGUUGUCGAGGCUCUCAUCACACGCUGGUUAGUGAGCCCAGACGUCGGCGUCAGCGAGCGCGCUGCCAAAGUCCUCGGUGACCUCCUCGAGACAGACUGCGAAACCAUCCGUGGGGAAGGCGUCAACGGAGUGGGGAGCCAAAGCAACAUCAAUGGCUUCGAAGUUGUCAAGCGCCGAAUUCCGGGUCAUGGCCGUCUCUGGCGUUUGAUUCUCCUCCAGCGGCCCAUGCUGGAACUUAUCACGACGCUGUGCUCCCCUGAGACAGUACAGCCUCCCACCCGGCCUCGACAUCAGACCUCUCUCUCACAGGGCCGUCUCCUGCGCCUCCUUACUCGCCUCGCAACGCUCAAUAUCCGGGCAAUAAGUCAAACUGCUUUCCCGAACCUAUUCCCUCUCUCUGCUGCUGCCAUCCAAGCUGCUGGUCAGGGUAUCUUACAGUGGGCAGCGUUGACCAUGGUCUCCAAGUCAGAAGACAUUCUUAUGCAUCUCAACCUCAUCGAUUUCUUCGAGACUUUUGUUAGUGUAAUGCGCGUAUCUCGUCUCACUACUGAAGAGACCGCCAUUGUGAAAGCACUAGUUAAGGUAGCGGCUCAAGAUGACGAGCAGUUGAGGGAGGCGUUGCGAGGAUUGCCGAACCGGACUGUGGAGGAAGAAGCCGAGCCUUUACGCGCAUAUAUCAGCGAGAUAUUAGACUGA